CUGACGGGUGUCAGGGUGGAUAAAUACCCAGUGGAAAAGCCCCCCUGAGCUGCAGGAACAGGAGAGAUCCGCUGUGAGUCCGAGCUGAUCAAGAAUUCUGGCUCUCUGGUACCUCCAGCUGUGCCAGGGAGUUCACUCCGGCCGAUUUGGUGUCCACACUGCUCCUUGUGGCCUCUUCCCUCCAUGGCCCUCCUGGCUCUCACCCUGGCACUGCUGGCAAUGACCGUGACCACCGUGGCCAUAACAUUGAAACCCCUGGACAUGGCCCUGGACUCUUUCGAUGACCAGUACCAGGGCUGUGGCCCUGCCAUGAGGGCAGAGCUGCCAGCCCUGAACUGCUCCGAGUUCGAGAACAAUCCUCUCUUUGCCAAGGUCUGGCCAAAAGCCGUGGCAAAGUGGCAGAGUGAGGGGUCCCCUGUGUCCCCUCUGUCAUCCUCAGCCCAGGCCAUCGCCAUCAUGGCCUACACCAUGAGUGACCUGUACAGGAGGUUCAACAAAAAAGUGCGAGAGGCUGGGCGCUCCCCCCAGGAAUACCGGGACAAUUUCCACUUCAAAACUCUGCAUUUCCUGCUGACCAACGCCCUGGCCACGUUGAGGGCUGCUCAGGGGCAGCAAUGUCGCUGGGUGUACCGAGGGGUGCGCAUGUACAAGUUCAAGGCAAAGGUUGGUGACAUCGUCCGCUUUGGUCAAUUCGCAUCAUCAACACUUCACAAAAAUGUCAGCAAAAAAUUCGGGACCACCACGAUGUUCAAGGUGAAGACGUGUCAGGGUGCAGACAUCCAGGCUUACUCCUAUUAUUCCGAUGAGGCAGAGGUGCUGAUCCCACCCUUCGAGGAGUUCAAGGUCACCAAAGUCAUUGAGAAAGGGGAGAAGGUGGAGAUCCACCUCGACUCCAUUGGGACCUACAGCACAUACAACUGCGAGUGGCUGAGAGAUGGGAGUGUCCCCAGGGCCCCUGCCAUCUUGGAGGACUCCUCCUGGCCACCACAGCCCUGGCAGCGGCCACUGGUAUCCUCUGAACCACGACGCCACCAAGGUCACCGAGGUCACUGUGGUCACUGUGGCAACCAUGACCACCGUGGCCACCUGAGGGCAGCGGUAAAGAAGAGACGGUGUCUCCAUGCUGUGCUUGCAUUAGGCCAUGAAGCCGUUUAUUGACACACAAAGCAGAGUUUAUACACUUUUGCAGCUAUUGCUAAAAAUAGCCACCAAUAACGUUCCUGUAACCAGGCUCCAUUGCUCACUCGUAGCUAAAUAACAUUGCUCAAUCUCUGUCUCGCUUUAAGCUAACCAGGCACAUGCAGUAAUUCCCGGGAUUCCCCACAAAGCUGCACACUCAGCACCUCGGACAGAGCACUUUCUCAUCUCUUACAUUCCUUCUUCAAAAUCCCGCUUACUCUUGCCAAGGCUUGUGGCUGCAGUGGCCAGCACAUCCUUGCUGGUUGUGAUGAGCUGGGCAGUGCUCGCAGUUCUGCUCUCUGGUUGUAUUCCCACAUCUCAUUUCUGUUCCACCAAAGUUCUUUGUUGACUCUUGGAGGUUGGGAGAGUUUUACUCUUUCUCCUUGGUGGAGAAUUUUCCCAUUAUCAUGCUAAGGAAGUCUGCUGGGUGGCUCCCUCAGCUUUUAAUUGCUCAAGACCAAAGGGAUGGGUGGGGGCUGUCUCCCUCGCUCAAUUGCUGGUGGGGUUUAGGGGGCCUGAGAGGCUGGUUGUGUUUUUUUCUUCCUUGGUCGCUCUCUCCAGUCGGAACGCUACAGGAGGAGAGAGGUUUUGUCUGCGGUCGGAUUUGCCCUGCACCCUGCACUGCUACAACCUCCUGUCUCUGAGACAACCGCUGAGAACCGGGACACAACAGUGAGCGGGGAGUUCUUCCUUCAUCCUUCUCCCACCUGGGUCACGGCCCUGCCGUCUCCACCUCCCUGCUCCCGCCUG